CUGAUGACCCUCAGAUUCCUUAUCAGCAUUGCUGUGUGUGUUGCAGGUGUCAGUGACGCCCCUGUCUGCUCGGUGAAUGACGACUGCUUGUUUCUGACCAUGCCAUGCCGCCUCGAGAAGUCCGGACUGACCAGGAGUUACCUCAUGAUGAUGUCCCCUUCCACAGCCCUGGGCAGCGAGUACGCCUGCUGCUCCUGGAAGCCUGUGAUGGCAUCGGGCCCUGCAGCGGUGACAGCCACGGGCCUCCCGGUGUUACACAUGGGGCUGCAGUUGUGGAGAGAAGAACUGAGAAAUCUGACAGAGAGAGCGGGGCUGGGGACAGCGGCAGAGAAGAGGAAGGUGACAACACUGGAGCAGGGUGGUCAGCAGCUGGCCGGGCGAGUCACCUCCACAGGCAGGCUUCGUGAAGACCAGCGCCGCCGGAGUGAGGAGCUGCUGGUCCUCGACUUGCUGUGCCAGAUUUUGCACACCGACUCCUUGACCGCAGUCCAGACGUGGCUUCUCACUGCGAGUGACACAGAAAAAGACAAAGUGCUCAGUUUGAUCCACCGUGUGACGAGUGGUUGCCAGCCUGAGGUUCAGCCCACCCACAGUGAGGAGCAGAAGCUUCCAGCGAUUGCAGUGCCCUGCACUUCAUCUGACUUGCCAACUACACCAGUGAAAAGCCAGAAGAAAGUAAGGAUCUCCAGUUCCACACAGAAAAAGCCGAGAGACUUGAACCCUCCAACCUAGUAAGUGUCGGCUCCUCUACUGCCAUCCGCGUGCCAGGCAAGUGCGUGUCAUUUUAUUGUUGUCAUUAAAAUGUGAGAUUUGUGUUCUGGGCCACCAAACUACUGAAAACAGCACAGAGAACGAAGUGGCGCCACCUAUUGAUCUUAAA